AUGUCUACCCUCCAGUACUACAACUACCCCGGUGUCGGCACAACGAACAACCGCGAGUUCUCCUACUCCCAAUCUGUGCGGGUCGGCGAUAUCGUCAAGUGCUCCGGCCAAGGUGGAUGGGACGAUGAGGGCAACAUCGAUGCGAAUAACCUUCCCGGUCAAAUCGAGAGAGCAUUCCACAAUGUCGAGAAGAACCUUCGGGAUGCGGGACUGCGGGGAUGGGAGGACGUGUACUCCGUGCGCAGCUACCACAUCUCGCUCGCGGACUCGUUCGAUUUAAUGGUGCAGCAAUUGAGGAAGGCUAUGCCCAAUCAUCAGCCAAUCUGGACCUGCGUGGGCGUGCGAGAACUGGGUAUUCCUGGGAUGAUUGUGGAGAUUGAGGUCGAGGCUAAGGCGACCUAG